AUGGAAAAGAAAAAGUAUCGGUAUCAUCCAGAAAAGUUUGACAGCAAAGAUCCAGUUCUACAGGAACAAUGGGAAGACCUAAAAGAUGUACUGUGUGAUAAUGAGUACAUGACUAAAUACAAGAUUAUGAUUGGAAAACCAAUUAAUUUGAAAACUAUAAUAGAAAUAUGGACAUCAAAGAGUACAGACUUAUCCAAUAUAUGGUCGCAUUUCCUUGCGGGUGUAUUUUUCAUCAUUAGAGGCUGGUCCUUCGAUGGCCGAUUAUUUACAUUACACCUCUUAGCGGCAUACACAUAUAUAAUGUCUGCAAUGUAUCAUACUUUCCGUAACUACAAUAGGAAAAUGUAUGAUAUCAUGUUAAAUUUUGAUGUUUCCGGAAUUGCAAUACAAAUCUUUUCUUAUGACUUUGUAGAUACAAUUGCAUUCUUCCAUGGAAAGAGAGAUGAUCUUAUGUACAUAUAUUGCGCUGUUUUCGCAAUUCUCUCAGUUAUUGUAAUCGGAGCUGUACCAAUCAUUUUAAGUAGGAAGCUCUAUACAUUGAGAACAGUUCUAUUUUCACUUUGUGCUUUUACCUGCUUCCCAUUGUUCGCUCACGGAAUCAAAAUUUAUGGAUGGAAUGAAAAAAGCCAAAACAUGCUUAUAUUACGCAUUGCUACUAUUGCAUUAGAAGGUGUUGGAAUCUUCUUCCGCGCUAGUAAAGUUCCAGAACGUUUCACACAAGGAAAUAUCUUUCAGUGGUGCCUGCAUUCACAUUUUUGGUUCCAUAUUGCAGGUGCUAUAGGAAGCUAUGUAGGCUGUCUAUCCGCUGAAGCAAUGGCAUAA